AUGGGCAAGCUUGGCGCAAUUCUCUAUGGUGUGGUGGGCCUCGUCGCCUUCCUCUUCGUGCUGGUUGGUACGCCGAUUGAUCAGUUCCGCUCCAAAAAUGUUGAUAUCAUUGGCAAUACACAUUGCCUGACACUGUGGGGAAACAAGGCGAAGUGCUACAGCACGAAGUACGACACAUCCAUAAGUGAGACGUUUCCGGGAUGCAACACACUCGUAAAGCAUUUCAAGGCGGCGGAGGCGUUUGCCAUCAUCUCGGUUUUCGUGCUGUUGGUUGCGGCCAUCGCCGGGCUGGUGACGUGCUGCUGCUGUGGAUGCCUCAGGUGGGUCGCCAGCUUGCUGUCAGUGGUCGGUAUCGUGACAGUCGUGAUCGUAUGGGCAUUGAUGGCACACGCGUAUAACAAUAAUGUGAGCGGUUGCAUGUCUACGCCCUUCAAGCACCGCUACAAGUACGGUGCUGGCUUUGCCCUCAUCGUGACUGGCUGGUGCCUCCUCUUCGUCGCCCUUGUCGUUCUGAAUUUGUUCUAG